AUGGGCCCCAAACGCGAUGUCAUGUAUUUCUAUGAUCCAGAAGUGGGUAAUUUCCAUUAUGGCAAAGGACAUCCCAUGAAACCGCAUAGGAUAUCUUUAACCAACAGUUUAGUCUUAAGUUUUGGAUUACACAAGAAAAUGACUAUGUUUCGGUCUAUCCCAGCUUCCGAUUUCAACUUGUGCCGUUUUCAUGCAUACGAUUAUAUAGAAUUUCUUAAAAAGAUCACACCCGCAAAUAUAAGAGAAUUUCCUUAUAGUACCUUGAACACGUACAACGUUGGCGAUGAUUGUCCUGUUUUUGGUGGCCUUUUUGAUUUUUGUGCUAUGUAUACUGGAGCAUCGCUUCAAGGAGCAACGAAAAUAAAUCAUCAGGAAUGUGACAUCGCUAUUAAUUGGUCAGGGGGAUUGCACCAUGCAAAAAAGAGAGAAGCCUCUGGAUUCUGUUAUGUCAACGAUAUUGUGGUUGCAAUAUUGGAACUGCUAAAGUAUCAUGCCCGAGUAUUAUACAUCGAUAUAGAUGUUCAUCAUGGUGAUGGCGUUCAGGAAGCGUUUUAUCUAACUGAUCGUGUUAUGACUGUAUCUUUUCACAAGUAUGGAGAUCAAUUCUUUCCUGGAACAGGUGAUAUGUAUGAAAUUGGAACUGAUAGAGGAAAAUACUACUCUAUUAAUGUGCCAUUGAAAGAUGGCAUUGACGACCAUGGCUAUUUAUAUGUUUUUAAGCCCGUCAUAGAAGCUGUAAUUCAACAUUACCAACCAUCUAGUAUUGUAUUACAGUGUGGUGCUGAUUCUUUAGGGUGUGAUCGCUUAGGUUGUUUCAAUCUUAGUAUAAAAGCUCACGGAGCAUGUGUUCAGUUUGUUAAAAGUUUUAAUAUUCCGACCUUGGUGCUCGGUGGGGGUGGUUAUACUAUUAGCAAUGUAUCUAGAUGCUGGUGCUACGAGACUGCUUUAUUGGUUGAUGCCGACAUUACCAAUGAUCUUCCGUAUACUGAAUAUUUAGAAUAUUUUGCUCCCGAUUUUUCACUUCAUCCUUCGAUCAGCUAUGCGAGAGCGGAAAAUUUAAAUACUAGACAGUAUCUAGACAAUAUCAUUCAAAGCGUUAACGAUAACUUGAAAUGUAUUACCUCGGCGCCCGCGGUUCAAAUGCAAGCGGUACCUCCUGAUUUAAUCGAUUUUGACUCUGAAAAUGAGGAUCAAGAACAAUAUCUAAGCGAAGUAGACCAACCACCAAGUAUCGAACCAGCUAAUGAAUACUACGAUGGAGAUUCUGACAAUGAUAAAGAUCUUGGAGUUGAUAUUGAAACUGCUAUCGAUUAA